AUGACGUCAGCAAGGUAGAGUGGGCGCGCGGCGACUGCCACUCCGGUUCGGACGCGCGAGACCGAGAGCUCCUGUUCGAGACCGACGAAACACUUCCUGAGCGUCGGGGAGAGUGGGCUGUCAUUCACUGGAUCCACCACAGCCAAAGGACAACAGUGAACAACCAUACAAUACUGACAGAUUUACUCAGGUCACCCGCUGUAUUUAUGAUGACUACACGAGGUAAAAGUGAAGGAUGCCGCAUCUGUGGGAAUGACCUGCAGGGUAACCAGCGGCGAUGGUUGUAUGCAGGUCAGAACAGAAAGGGGGCACAACCUCAGACCCCAACAGACUUUUCUAGCAAGGGAAGCUUGCCCAGAUCAGCACAAAGCAGCCCAUGGGGCAGCACUUUAUCUCUCAGCUCCUCCCGUUCGCUCUCGAAUUCCCGCGGCCUGCUCACCCCUACGAAAGGAAUCGACCUGCUCAGUGUGCUGACACACAUAUUAGAGCAGCCUGUACCACGCGGGGCCGGUCAGGGGGAGUUUUUGUGUGGCAAGUGUGUGUCCGUUCUGGAGCGAGUUUUCAAGUUCGACACCGUUAUCGCCCGAGUCCGAAUGCUGUCGAGUGAGAGACUCCAGAAACUCACUCAGGAAAGGGACAAGAUUAGGCGAUGGGUGCGAAGCAUGUACGAUCAGCGCCACUCUGUUAGUUCAAAGAGAAAAGAAAGCUCCAGUGAGGAUGAAGGGGACAGGAAGAAUUCGGUAGGGGAAGGAUACAGAGAAAUCCUGAGGGACAACAUGGCCCUCUCCGAGUACGAAUGGUGGUCCGAAAAAGCCGAGUCCUGUCCGCAUUAUAGGAAAACAGGGAAACGGUGUCAUCAGGGCAAGAAGUGUGAGUGUUGUGACUCCUUGAGGGUGUCCGACUCGGACUAUGAGUCCGUUUGUGGGAUUCCACGUCACUUGCCCGAUCAAGCCUUCACGUCAUUGGGCCUCUCUCGAGACAAAUCUAGCAGCAUGCCCCUUCAUUGGUUGAGCGUGCCAUCUGUCCGAUCAAGCCCCGCCUCGCUGUCUGGUUCCUGUCAUUCUUUACGAUCUCGAUCCCGCACCACCUCCAUCCAAUCGCUGGACUCAAUAGACGGCACUGAUGUGUUUGAUUGGCAAGAGGAGCAUUCGGCCAUUAUAGACACCGUUUUCAAAGAGUUGAGGGGAAUUGAAGGAAAGCCGGUAAGGUCACCUGCUGGAAGUCGUAUUCCCGUGUUAGACAGAGGGGACGUGCAGAAUGGUAAGGAUGAGGUAGAUCUGAAAGCAGGGUUAGUGAGGGUCCUACAUUUCAGAGAGGGGGACAAUGGGACGGAGGAUGAGUUUGAAGAAGAGAACAACGACAUCCUGACCGAGCUAAAAGAUGACUUUAUGCCAUUACAAAGAGAGUCGUGUACAGUUAAGGUGCACCUUGCUGUGAAGCAGUUGCGUGAACAACUUGUUCAAGCUCAGGUUCGCAUCAGAACUCUUGAGGCUCAGCUCAGGGAGAGCAACAAACCAGCAACCGGUGCUCCUGCCAAGCAGUCGAAGUCUCCGCAAGUGACCAGUUUGAAGAAUAAAAAUGACCUCAUAGAGAGUCUCAGCCAAUCACUCCACAGCAGAGAGAACGUAAUCCAGGAAUGUGUGACUUUGAUCCAGACGCUGUGUGCUGAGCAGGGAGUGGAAUCAGAGGACACUGACAAACUCAUCAAAAAACUGGCCAGUGCAGUGACUGAUACAUGCAGUGAACGUGAGGCAGUCUUGGAGACUCAGCUGUCAGAUGCAAGCGAGAGAGAGAAAGCCCUGGAGAAACAGCUGCAGGCCGUAAGGGACGCUGGCAGAGAGCGAGACCGAGACUUCAUCACACUCAACACUGUGCUCCAGUGCAACCAGGAUGUUAUUAACCACCUGCGUGUAGAGCUUGGAGAGCGAGAGCGAGCCCAACAGGAGAUGAUGAAAGAAUGGGAAGUGUGGAAAGAGAGAGAUUCAGCCCUGACUGCACUGGUGAAGGAUAACAAAGACUAUAUUUCCCAGCUAAAGGAGGCACUCGAGAGUUCAUGCAAAGAUGUGCAGGCACUCUCAGACUCUCUGAUUGGACGGGGGUUGGAAGGGGGAGGAGCUGAGUCUGGAUUGGUUAAUCAGCUGCGAGAGAAAGAAGCUCUGCUGGUGGCGAGCUUCAGAGAUAGAGAGGAGCUCAGCACCACCAUGUUGCAGGAGAUCUCAAGACUCUCCUCGGCCUUAACCGACGCUGAAAACCUCAUACUGGACCAAAGAGAAAAUCACAAACGUGCCAUCACUGCCCUAUCAGAGCGACUCAAAGACACACUUAAGGAGCUGAGAGAGAAGACCAAGGAGAAGAAGGAGGCUGAACUAGGGUGGAAGAAGGAAAAUAAGGAGAGAGCUUUCGAGGAAGGAAAACUGAGGGACAAUCUUCAGAAGAGAGAUAAACUUAUAGAGCAAGUUCUUCUGGAGUUAGAGGAGCGGGAUGGUGUGUUAUCAGAGCUAAAGCAAAACAUCUCUAGCAGACUUGGACCCAAGACAGCCUUCAAACACACACUGUGAGUGUGUGAUUAACACAUACUGUGAGUUUAAUGAUGCUCUGUGAAUGCAGUCAAUUAACAAU